CUAAAAUAUGAUUUGCACUAAGAUAAACCCAAAAACCCUCUAUCCCUCUAGUCUUUGGGUACUACUAUCUCUCUAAAGAGAAAAAAGAAACCGGCGGGGAAGCACUUCUCCGACCAAAACAGAAACUGAAAGAAAUGACACUCACUUUACCCUUAUCUUCUUUCAUUUCACCAAUCAAACAAACAAACUUCACCUUGCCCAGCAAAACCUUCAAUUUCACCCUUUUCUCAAAACCCUCUUUGCAGGUUGGUUAUUCCAGAAUUACGAGACUUCAAGCACUCAAAUCGGAUGGUACUAAUUCGAAAAGAAGAGGGCGAGAACCAUAUAGUGACAGUGACAGUGAUGAUGAUGAUGACGAAGACGAUGUGUCGUCUUCCUCGAAACAAAAUGACCCUUAUGCUAUGAGUCUUGAAGAGAGACAGGAAUGGAGGAGGAAAAUCAGACAGGUUAUGGAUAAGAAACCUGAUAUUCAAGAGGUUGAAGAUACCGAUGAAAAGAAGAAGAAAAUGCAAAAGCUUAUUAAUGAUUACCAACUUGUUGUGGAAGAGGAGGAUCCUAAUUGGCCUCAAGAUGCUGAUGGUUGGGGAUUUAGUCUCGGCCAGUUUUUCGAUAAGAUUACUAUUCAAAAUAAAAAGAAGGAAGAUGAUGAUGAUGGUGAUGACAACGAUGAUGUUGAUGAUGAUAAGGAAGUAGUGUGGCAAGAUGACAAUUACAUUCGUCCUAUCAAAGACAUAAAGGCUGCGGAAUGGGAGGAAACUGUGUUUAAAGACAUUAGUCCCUUGAUUAUUCUCGUGCACAAUCGGUAUAGAAGGCCAAAGGAGAAUGAAAAAAUUAGAGAUGAACUAGUGAAGGCUGUGCAUAUCAUAUGGAACUGUGGAUUACCGUCACCAAGAUGUGUGGCGCUCGAUGCUGUUGUUGAGACUGAACUAGUUGCAGCACUUAAAGUAUCGGCUUUCCCAGAAGUUAUCUUUACUAGAGCGGGGAAGAUUUUAUUCCGUGAUAAAGCAAUUCGCAAUGCAGAUGAGUGGUCUAAAGUCAUGGCCUUCUAUUACUAUCGAGGAGCCAAACCGCCGUGUUUGACAAACGUUCCAGAUCUCCAAGAAAAUAUUCCUUCUUUUACUAUUAGUAAUUGAGUUUCUUGAAAAAUUGAAGAGCUCGAAGUUUCUACCAAGCCAUUUUGCUGAAGUACUUCCAUUUAACGAAUCGUCAUUGUAAGCUAUGCAAGGGAAUGAAUGCAUAGCGCUUACCUUCAUUGAUUGCGUAUAAUAUGAUAAAAUAACUGCAAGAAAAUUCCUACUACAGGUUGUUUGAUGUGUGAACGUAGAAGCCGUCACAGGGGAUGUGCUUUAAGCUUGACUUGUUGGAUAGGGAAAAAUGGAUUGUGGAAGAUUUGGAAGACGAAAUCUUUGCCUACCAUUUGUCAGUUCAAUACAUGACUCACUUAAUAUUCAUGGUGGCUUAUGAGUAAUGUCUUCACCGUGUAACAAGACGGUUCGGUUCUGUCUAAGGUUGAUGGUGGUGACUGUCAGAGGAACCAGCAUGUAGUGUUUGAAUCUCUAAAUUGUAUUUUCUUGUUAGGAAAAACAUGAACCUUCAUUCAAGCUCUGUCAUCACUUCAAUAUUGUUAGAUUAUAUGAAUUUUGCUUCGAAAGAACUUAAUAGCACUUGUUUAUGGAUA